AGAAAAUAUGAGAGAAACUGCUGAGAGAGACAGAGGAAAAAAAUAACCCAGUUUCUGUGGAAAAAUGUCUGACCUGCUCCUCUAUGAUCACAAUAUACUGAGAGGUAUCUAUCAGUGUCAUGUACCCUUUUAUAUUGUGUAUUUGUGUGAGCGCCAAAAACUGACAAUCCAUAUAGAAGUCUCUCUAUAGUCUAGCACUUAAUUAAUAAUUAAUUAAUAAUUAUUGUAUAUUAGUAAACCACAUAUUUCAUCACUUAAAAAUGUCCCCAUCCAUACAAUAAAUUUUACAAUUUUAGAGUAAACACAGAAGUGUUUUAUACUAACCUUAAUAUGUAAAUAACGUAGCAUUAAGUGUUUCUCCCUGGGCAGUCGUUGGCUCCGAGUGCUCGGGGUUACUGAGCGAGUGUGAGUUAAUGACUGCGCGCGCACGAGAGAAUGAAUUCAUUCAAAUCUGUUGCUCUGGUGAAUCUGCGCGCGAGAGAUGCUGCUGCUGCUGCUGCUGCUCCCUUAGAAGGACACCAUGAGAAAUCACAAGCAGAAUCGCGACGAGUUACUCAGUAUUUCAGCUUUGUACGGAGGAUGACAUUGACAUAAUAUUAAGAUGGAAUACUGACACUCUUGCGGCAUUGACUGAUAUUAAAAUAACGCAAAAGAGAUGAGUAUAAGUAUAAUUACUUUAUCUUUGCUCCUGUGUGCUGACCUGCUGGAUUUCGUUAUAGGUUAUUUAACAGUCACCAUUGAGCCUCUCCCUCCUGUGGUUAUGGGGGACACAGUGACUUUGAAGUGCAAUUUCAGGACCGAUGGCAACUUACGAGAGAUUGUGUGGUUUCGGGUGACGGAAGGUGGAACAUCAAAACAGAAAAUUUUCACCUACGACGCCAUGUACAACACCAAUUUUUCUCACAUGGAGGACUUCCGCAGACGAGAGGACCUUGUUUACCAGUCAACUGUCAGGCUCCCUGAGGUCCAGAUGGAAGAUGAUGGACCAUAUGAAUGCCACGUGGGGAUCUAUGACAGGAUAUCUAGAGAGAAGGUGGUCUUGGCAUCUGGGAGUAUCACUCUUAAUGUCAUGUCUCCACCAAAAUCAAUAUCUGUUGAGGCAGCAAAUCAGCCAGCUCGAUUCAGUCGCUACGAGGCUCAAAAUUUCACGCUUGUUUGCAUUGUAACUGGAGGAAAACCUGCCCCGGUGGUGUACUUCAAGAGGGAUGGAGAACUUAUAGAAGUCCAUCCUUUCACGUCUGCUGAGAAAGUGGAAAACAGAGGCUUGCUCGCUGCCCUAGAUAACCAGCCGCUUGUGAGUCGAGAACUGGAUGAUACAAAAGUUCAGAAGUCUCUUUCUUUCCUGGACCCUCACAGCGAGCCGGUGCGUCUGGAUAAGGACCGGCCCCAGCGCAGUUACACAUCUGGAGCCCCUGGUCAAGAGGAAGCCAGUCCCACCACAGAGGUCAUCCCAGAGACUGUGAUCAGCCGAGAGUUUCCCCGCUGGGUGCUGAGCUCAAGCCCGAUGUAUUACUUCAACCAUACACAGUCUGAGCUUCAUGACGGUACUUUGGAGGUCCAAGCCAUGCUGACAUGGCACUUGAACCCACAGCUGGACAAUGAGGCUCUGUUCACCUGUGAAGUCAAGCACCCUGCUCUUUCCAUGCCCAUGAAGGCAGAGGUUACGCUCUCUGCUCCAAAAGGCCCGAAACUCUCUGUGGCACCAAGCAGAGCAAAAGUGGGAGACACGGUUCGCAUCAAAGUGGAGGGAUUCCAAAUGGGGCCCAAAGCGAAUAAAGUGUUUCCAGAGCCUCUUUUCACAUGGACACGUGUGGGAGGACCUCUGCUGGAUGGAAGUGAAGAGAGAUUUGGGAAAGUACUGGUUCUGGAGAGAGUCCCAGCUGAGCUCAACGGAUCCAUGUAUCGCUGCACAGUCCAAAACCCACUGGGAUCUACCAACACUCACACCCGCCUCAUAGUAUUUGAAAAUCCCAGGAUCAAGAAGGAGACUAAACAACUGAAGUUUGGCGACUCUGCUGGAGACAUGCUUGGGCCCUCACUGAUGUUGCUGCUGUUGUCAUUGACUCUGGAGUUAACAUGAGCACUAUGGGAUGCGCUUUCCAUUAGUAACCCUCUCUGAUACUCUGUCAGCUCCUCUGCCAUCUCUGUCGCUGUCCAGAAGCUACGCUAUAAUCCAGGACUGAGACUGCUGCAGAGAAAUAUGUGCUCAGAAUGAGAACGAUAAGCUCAACCCACCCUGACCACCCCAACCAUGUGACAACGAUUCAGCUCAGUUUGUUCCGCACCUGUUUUGGCACAAUACACUGACAUAUUCAUGCUUUGACUUCAUAAACUCUACAUUGUAUUUGUGCACAGCUGUGUUGCAGAAAAGGAUUAGAGAGAAGUGGAAUGGGACGGCCCAUAUAGCCUACAGAUAAUCCUGGACAUACAUUACAGCUUUCAUCAUUCUAAACAGCUUAUUGUAAUGUCAUUUCAUUAAUGUUGUUCUUUAUAUCCCAGCUGUUGAGUGCAAAAUCACUUACUUGACUUCAUGGUUCAAGCUAUUGAAUGUUGAGAAUGAGAUUCACCUACUGCAUAUGACCUCUAGAUGACGGUAUAGAUCUUCAGACAUGAUACCUUUUUUAUGCAUUAAAUGUCCAUAGCCUCUUCUGGCUGGUGUGCACUGAGAAGUUCCUCAAGCAGUGAUGUAAAGCAUUAAUAGCGCAACCUCAUUAUCUCUGCAUCUUUGAUACAGAGAAUUUAAUUUCUUUCUUUUGUAUGAACAAAAUGUCAAUGUUGGCGUGACGGAGAACGUUCCCUGUUAGCUGUGGAACUCGAGUUUUCCGAGUUCUUGCUACUGAGAUUAACUAUUUAAUGAAAUUUAAUUUUUGCAUGAAAACGUAUGAGGAUGUUGGAAAGUUGGAUGACAAAACAGAUACACAUUCCUCAUCUCACAGAAGUUUUACACGAUGAGCCCCUUCGAGUCUUUAACAGUGAUCAUCAUGACUUAUUCACGCACAAUGAGAGGAUAACAGUGUAGCAUAAAUUAUAAAUAAAUAUUUCACUAAUUAUUUCUCUCAAUCUUCGUACGAUACUUGAGUUCUGUCCCGCCUCU